GGCGGACAGAAUGAAAGAUGGCGGCUUCGGAGAGCCGGCUCGUGUCGCUGCCGCUGUCUCGCAUUCGGGUGAUAAUGAAGAGUUCGCCAGACGUGGCCAACAUCAACCAGGACGCCCUCCUUAUCACUGCCAAGGCAACGGAGUUGUUUGUCCAGUACCUGGCUCAAUACUCAUAUAAACACGGGAGUGGUAAAGAGUCGAAUACGCUGACCUAUGACGACUUGUCGGAAACCGCAGAAGAAUCGGAAACAUUUCAAUUUCUGUCUGAUAUACUGCCAAAGAAAAUACUGGCUAGCGAGUACCUGGAGAUGUUAAAGAAAGAAGAAGAAGAAGGAGCUGAUGAUGAGGAGGAGGAGGAGGAGGACGAUGAUGAUGAUGAUGAUGACGACGAAGAAGAUGAGGAGGAUGAGGAAGAAGAUGAUGAAGAUGAUAAAUAGCUUGCCUCUGUAUAUUUUGUUUAACUUUUUUAAUAUAGAUUUUUGCAUCAGUUGUAAAAUAUUUUUGUAUUUUUCUUUUUAUACCACUUUAUUUACUAGUCUACUUAAUUUAU